AUGCUUACCAGCCGUUUAAUAUCACGAGCUAUUGCUCGCCCGGCCUUCCAGAAGCCUACUCUUCCUAAGGUCGUCACCUCACCUUCGCUGUCGCGAUGGAGCCGGGGAUUUGCGUCUGAGGCUGAGGAGAAGGAUCUCGUUGUUAUCGGUGGUGGCGUUGCUGGCUACGUCGCUGCUAUCAAGGCUGGCCAAGAGGGCAUGAAGGUUACCUGCAUUGAGAAGCGUGGCUCUCUCGGUGGUACCUGUUUGAACGUCGGCUGCAUUCCUUCGAAGUCUCUUCUAAACAACUCGCAUCUUUACCACCAGAUUCUCCAUGACACCAAGUCCCGCGGAAUCGAGGUCGGCGAAGUCAAGCUCAACUUGGCCAACUUCAUGAAGGCCAAGGAAACCUCCGUUUCCGGUCUCACCAAGGGUAUCGAGUACCUUUUCAAGAAGAACGGUGUCGAAUACAUCAAGGGUGCCGCUUCUUUCGCCAGCGAGCAUGAGAUUAAGGUCGACCUCAACGAGGGCGGUGAGACCAGCGUCCGUGGUAAGAACAUCCUUAUUGCCACUGGAUCUGAGGCUACUCCUUUCCCCGGUCUCGAGAUCGACGAGAAGCGCGUCAUCACCAGCACUGGUGCCAUUGCCCUCGAAAAGGUCCCUGAGACCAUGACCGUCAUUGGUGGUGGUAUCAUUGGUCUUGAGAUGGCCUCUGUCUGGUCACGACUGGGUUCCAAGGUCACCAUCGUCGAGUUCCUCGGUCAGAUUGGUGGACCUGGUAUGGACAAUGAGAUCGCCAAGAACACUCAGAAGAUCCUCAAGAAGCAGGGUCUCGAAUUCAAGCUCAACACCAAGGUCGUGAGCGGUGACAAGUCUGGCGACAAGGUCAAGCUUGAGGUUGACUCCGCCAAGGGUGGUAAACCCGAGUCCAUUGAGUCCGAUGUCGUUCUCGUUGCUAUCGGCCGACGACCUUACACUGCUGGCCUCGGCCUCGAGAACAUCGGUCUUGAGAACGACGACCGCGGCCGUGUCAUUAUCGACUCCGAGUACCGAACCAAGAUCCCCCACAUCCGAUGUGUUGGUGAUGUCACCUUCGGCCCUAUGCUUGCACACAAGGCUGAGGAGGAGGCCGUCGCUGUUGUCGAGUAUAUCAAGAAGGGUUACGGUCACGUCAACUAUGGUGCCAUCCCCUCAGUCAUGUACACUCACCCCGAGGUCGCCUGGGUCGGUCAGAGCGAGCAGGACCUGAAGAACCAGAACAUUCCUUACCGGGUUGGAAGCUUCCCCUUCGUCGCCAACUCCCGAGCCAAGACCAACCAGGAUACUGAGGGUAUGGUCAAGAUGCUCGCUGACCCUGAGACCGACCGCAUUCUCGGCGUUCACAUCAUCGGCCCUAACGCUGGUGAGAUGAUUGCUGAAGGUACUUUGGCUCUCGAGUACGGUGCUUCCAGCGAGGAUAUUGCCCGAACCUGUCACGCCCACCCCACACUUGCCGAGGCCUUCAAGGAAGCUGCCAUGGCCACCCACGCCAAGGCCAUCCACUACUAG